AUGCAACGAUACAGCCCAUCGGACCAAGAAGCAUUCAACCGAGCGUUCUGGGCUUGCUCCACCGUGCUGCACGAACUUGAGGCGACAUGUAAAAUGCAUCCCAUCGGACUACGCCACUUCCAUGAAUUGGUGCCGCUUCCCCAGUUCGAAGAAGAGGAUUCAGGCUUCUACUUCUUUCUGGCGCAGAUCAGCCUUAGGAAGUUCCUGACACAGACUCUUGAAGUUGUCGGUUACUUUACAGGACAGGUCAUCUUCGCACCCGUCGUCGUUGGCGAGCUACGUAAACAAGUGCGCGAAUGGUACCAUCAUCUACCUUCUGCCGUUCGGUUUCCCCUGGAUUCGACGCCGCUGUUUGACUCUAGGAAGUCUUUCCUAAGGAUUCAGUACAUGGCUCUACACGUAGUGCUUGGCUGGCCUUCAGUACUUAGGAUACUCGAGAACAGCGAAGGGGAGGCCAGUGCUCAGGAAAACGAAACGAUUGGCGUCACAAGGGAGCAUGCGCGACACUGCAUAAAGAGUUCAGCCUUGCUUCUAAGUGUAGCGGACGAGCAACUCAUGGGAAGAAAGAUGGGAACGCACUUUACACUAUACCCAACAUUUGCGUGCUUCGCAACCUUACUCAUAGCGUACAACCAUACGGCUCUCUCUUUCAUCGAAGAAACCAAGCAGGAGCAGCAUAUACGCAAUGGAUAUGAAUUACUGCGGCCAUGGACGCAUCUGCCUCUGGUUCGACGAGGAUUGGAAAGGGCGCGCAUUUUGAUGCAGCAAGACAAUCUUGCGCAUAUAUUCCACGCAUAUGCAGAUGAAUCACCUCAGCCUGCGUCUGGCGUUAGUCCACCAGUAGCAACGAGUAACGACUGGAGAUCUCCACAUCCAGGGUUCAGCAUCAAGCCAUGA